AUGAUCAAACAGAUUUAUGUGCAUGAAGCGGGUGGGGAUAAUGUACGGGUUUGGCCACUUACCCCGGAUGGUAAUUACAGUGUGAGGAGCGCAUAUCGCAUGUUGGCAGCUGAUGGAAAUAAUCAAAACCCGAGCUCAUCUUCUCCAUCUGAAGCUAAGAAAGUAUGGAAGGGAAUAUGGAAGAUCAAGACCCCAAAUAAAAUUCUCCAUUUCGUUUGGAGAGCUGCCAAGGACUCAUUGCCAACCAAGCAAAAUUUGAAGGCCAGACAUAUUCCUUUGGAUGACACCUGUGUGAUGUGUGAUGAUCAACCUAAAACUUUACUGCAUUGUCUUUGGCUCUGUUCUCAUGCUCAAUCGGUUUGGGGAUCAGAUAUAACAUUUGCUAAUCUGUAUAAAAAGAAGCAUAGAAGUUUCUUCGACUUGCUGGAUGAUGUGAUGCAGAAUAGCUCGGGUUAUUGUGUGGCUCUGUUUUCCACCAUUGCGUGGAGUCUGUGGCAGAGGCGGAAUCAAAUUCGGGAAAAUCAAGGGACUUUGCCAUUGCAUGAAGUUGGAGAUAGGGCUAAGGCUUUGGUAGUGGAGUUUUUGGAAGCAAACAAACAUAUACGCAACCCAAGCUUGAGAUGGGUAGCAACCAUCAAGGUGGUAGUACGAGAUUACAGAGGAGAUGUUAUGGUAGCACUAAGCCAUAAAAUUGCUCUUCCUCUGUUAGCAGCUUUGGUAGAGGCUCGAGCUGCCCAUAGAGCAAUCACCUUUGCUCAGGAAAUGUGCUUUUUUCGUAUUCAAGUAGAAGGGGAUUGUCUGGGGGUUAUUCAUGCUUUGCAAUCUCAAGCACGGUGCAAUACCUUAUACGGACAUGUGGCUGAUGAUACUCGAAGAUUAAGCUCUGCUUUACAGUCUUGUCAGUUCCAUCAUAUUGGAAGGGAAUGGAAUAAGUUAGCUCAUGAAUUAGCUAGAAGAGCAGUUUUCUUUGUAGAUACUUAUAUGGGUAGAAGAUCUACAUUUUGA